GUGUGUUUUUGAUGGCAAUUGAAUUGAAAAACAAAUUUCAAAACAAAAACUAAUAAUGAAUUUAAUUAGAAAUAAAUUGCAUUUAAUUUCAAACAUAAAUGUUAUGAAAAUAUUGUCGAGAAAUAUAAGCGUUUCGGCAGUAAAUCGGUUGAAAGAAAUCAAACACACGGAAAAGGAUAACACGAUAACCGUUGAGGCCGUGAAAGUGGUGUCCGACCGAAGGGACCAAUUGGUGACCAAAACGCAUACACAUAAGGAUUGCUGUCCGUUGUGUCGACUCAACUUAAGACGACUCGACUAUACGGAUGUGCUGAUUCUCAGACAGUUUAUUGAAUCCAAUGGCAAACAAAUGCCGCAAUCGAUAACCGGUUUAUGCAAUCGUAUGCAUCAAAGGGUGCAUCAGUUGGUGAAAAAGGCACAGAAGUGUCAACUCCUGCCGCGACCGCCCGAUUACCAGUCGUACGGCCCGUGGGAUGAGUUGAACACAUACUAUGAAUGGCCCGAACGAAGAAGAGACCGACCCAUGGAUAUCAUUGAACCCAAGUUCUGGGCAUCAGAUUAUGAACAAAACAAGUUGUGAAACCAUUU